AGAGGCCAAGGAAGAGCGCACCAUGAAGUCCGUGCUGUUCAGCCGCUUCUUCAUCCUCCUGCCCUGGAUCCUAAUCGUCAUCAUCAUGCUCGACGUGGACACGCGCAGGCCCGCGCCCCCGCUCACCCCGCGCCCCUACUUUUCUCCCUACGUGGUGGGCCGCGGGGGCGCCCGACUCCCGCUCCGCAGGGGCGGCCCCGACAGCGGCCACGGGCGCGGCUGGGAGAAGCGCAACGACUCGCGACCACAGCCACAGCCGCAGCCGCGGCAGCGGCCCGAGCCGCCUCUGCCCACCAUCUAUGCCAUCACGCCCACCUACAGCCGCCCGGUGCAGAAAGCCGAGCUGACCCGCCUGGCCAACACUUUCCGCCAGGUGGCGCAGCUGCACUGGAUCCUGGUGGAGGACGCGGUGGCGCGCAGCGAGCUGGUGAGCCGCUUCCUGGCGCGGGCCGGGCUGCCCAGCACUCACCUGCACGUGCCCACACCGCGGCGCUACAAGAGGCCCGGGCUGCCGCGCGCCACGGAGCAGCGUAACGCCGGUCUCGCCUGGUUGCGCCAGAGGCACCAGCACCAGCGCGCGCAGCCCGGAGUGCUCUUCUUCGCCGACGACGACAACACCUACAGUCUGGAGCUGUUUCAGGAGAUGCGAACUACACGCAAAGUCUCUGUCUGGCCAGUGGGCCUGGUUGGUGGGCGACGCUAUGAACGUCCGUUGGUGGAAAACGGCAAAGUCGUGGGCUGGUACACCGGCUGGAGAGCAGACAGGCCUUUUGCCAUCGACAUGGCAGGAUUUGCUGUAAGUCUUCAAGUCAUCUUGUCCAAUCCAAAAGCCGUAUUUAAGCGUCGUGGAUCCCAGCCAGGGAUGCAAGAAUCUGAUUUUCUAAAACAGAUAACAACAGUUGAAGAACUGGAACCCAAAGCAAGUAACUGCACCAAGGUUCUCGUGUGGCACACUCGGACAGAGAAGGUUAACCUAGCCAACGAGCCGAAGUACCGCCUGGACACAGUGAAAAUUGAGGUAUAAACUGAAGCAGCAGCUGGUGCAGUUUGCCG